CCACAGGGCGUUCCCCCGGUUCCACCACGUCGUCCCCCAGGCCCCAGCUGCCCUACUGUUACCACUCGCUUUACAAGAGACGAACGCCUUCUUCCUCCGCAUCCCCUCCCAGAUCAAGAGACCCCUGCCCCCGUCGAGCCCGGAGAUUUUGCGGAAUUCGAGGGCGUUUCGUCCUCGGUGUUGAGAAAUUCUUCGAUCCGGUGCGCCGGUUCGAGCAUCUUGCCGGGAAUUGGAGGAGGAUUCUGGAUCUUUUGUCCUGGGGAACGGGAGGGCGUUGGGUUCGAUGCCGGUCGCGACGCGGUCGCGGGUCACGGCUGCCUGCGGCGGCGGCGAGGGCGCCCUGGCUUGGGGCUCGGCGUCGGCGGCGCCGGCUCCGCGCGAUGGCGUGGCGAGCCACCACCACGGGCUCAAGGAGAAGAUGCGCGCGCUUACGCUGCUCUACGACCAGCACAAGCAGCAGAUCGCCGCGUCGCAGGCAGGAGGGGCCGUCGCGCGGCCGCUACGCCGCAGCAUCCGGUCCCUCAGCGCGGCGGAGGUCGUCAACGACGAGAACGCCAAGAACGCCGAGGAGGAGGAGCAGGGCGGCGGGGUGGCAGUGCGCCACCGCGACGCCUUCGCCCUGGUCCCCGAGGCCGCGGUGCUGAGGGAGAAAGUGGCGGUGGCGCCUCCGCAGCCGCGAGCGCCGUCCAAGGACAGCCACGUCUUCGUCUUCGCGCGGCCGGCGGAGCCGCAGGAGAAGGAGAACGUGGUGGGCCACGCCGGCAACGCCAUGACCUGCCCCAUCAAGAAGGCGGUUCGGGUUCCGGUGCUCCCGGCGCCGCCGGCAAGGAAGCUCUCGCUGGGAGGCGCGGUUCGGGUUCCGGUGCUCCCGGCGCCGUCGGCAAGGAAGCUCUCGCUGGGAGGCGCCGUGGGCGGUAAGCUCAAGGCCGCAGCGGAGGUCGGGGCUGGAACUGGCGAGGCGGCGGAGAACCGAAUCCUUGUGUUCGUGAGGCUGCGUCCGAUGUCGAGGAAGGAGAAGGAGGCCGGGUCGAGGAGUUGUGUCAAGAUCGUCAACAAAAAGGAAGUGUAUCUCACGGAGUACGCCUCGGAGAACGACUACCUCAGGCUGAAGCGUUUGCGGGGCCGCCAUUUCUGCUUCGACUCUGCCUUCCCUGAUUCGACGACGCAGGCAGAAAUAUACAGCACCUCAACAGCAGGCCUUGUGGAGGGUGUUGUGCAAGGUAGGAAUGGGACAGUGUUCUGCUAUGGUGCUACAGGGGCCGGCAAGACCUACACCAUGCUUGGGACAAUGGAAAGCCCUGGCGUAAUGGUGCUUGCAAUAAAGGAUCUGUUCUCCAAGGUGAGGCAGAGGAGCUAUGACGGCAACUACUCAAUACAACUGUCGUACCUUGAGAUAUACAAUGAGACAGUGAGGGACUUGCUGUCUCCUGGUAGACCCCUCCACUUGAGAGAAGAUAAGCAGGGAACUGUUGCUGCAGGUCUUACUCAAUAUAGAGCAUAUUCCACAGACGAGGUUAUGAAAUUACUUCAGCAAGGUAACAAGAAUCGAACAACUGAACCAACUCGAGUAAAUGAGACCUCAUCACGCUCCCAUGCGAUAUUGCAAGUUAUUGUAGAAUAUAGAUUCAUGGAUGGAGUUAACAUAGUAACACGAGUAGGAAAAUUAUCUCUCAUAGACCUUGCUGGAUCUGAAAGAGCUCUGGCAACUGACCAACGUACACAGAGGUCAAUUGAAGGAGCAAACAUUAAUCGCUCUCUUCUUGCGCUCAGCAACUGCAUCAAUGCCCUUGUGGAGGGGAAGAAGCACAUACCCUAUCGCAAUUCCAAGCUGACACAACUCCUGAAGGACUCACUUGGAGGAUCCUGCCAUACUGUGAUGAUUGCCAAUAUUAGCCCCUCCAACCUUACCUUCGGUGAGACACAGAACACUCUUCAUUGGGCUGAUCGUGCAAAGGAGAUAAAAACAAAGGCACUUACCAUUGAGAAUGAAGAGGUUCUGAAUGUACCAGAUUCUGAAACUGAUCAAGCGAAGCUAUUACUGGAGCUGCAGAAGGAAAAUGGUGUCUUGAGGGAGCAACUGGUAAAGCAGCAACAAAAGCUACUGACGGCUCAGGCUCAGUCACUUGCUUCAAACACAUCGCCACAGCAAUCUCCGGUUCCCUCGUCUCACGUUUCAACUCCGUGCUCAACUCAAAGAAAGGUCAAGCGAUCUAUCUUGGCUGUGAACUUCAACACACCAGAUUCCAAGAGGCCCGCAGCCGACAACACAAAGGUUGGGGAGCUCCAGAGGAAAGUUAAGACAUUGGAGGCCGAAAUAGAGAAGAUGAAGAAGGAGCACAUACUGCAGCUCAAGCAAAAGGAGGAGUUCAUCCGCGACCUGAUCAACAGGAAGGCUUCCAACUACUGUGAAGAGGCAACAGGUGACAGAAGAGUCGUCACGAGGGCAAGCCUGCGAAAGGCGCAGAGAGAUGCAUCAGCUGCAGGUGAACUGAAAAGCCCGAGCCACCGGUUCACAUCGCCAGCCCCAACUGCGAAGAAGCGUACUUUCUGGGACAUUGGAGGCGACAGCCCUUCAGUUCUCGCUGCCAAUGCAAGAAAGACUCGAAGCCAUGUUGCUACAGAGACACAUAAGAAAGGUCCUUCCAUGCUGCGUCAGCCGGGAUUUGCACGGCAAAGAGCAAUCCAGUGAAGCAUUUAAGAUGCAAAGGAGGAGACUGCCUCCAGAGUCCAGAGGAUAGAUGUCAUAGUAUUUAAUUUUAGCCUACCAUUUUCAGCUUUGUUGAUUGGGGUUUAGUUGAAAUUCAUUAUCCUAAUUUGAUUUCAGUUUGCCUGAGCAAAUUGAACCAGUGUAAUGUUUUUUCUUAGGCUUUUUAAUACAUUUGAGCCACUGGAACUGUAAAACAUUUGCUCCAGAGAUAUAAAUGAGUUGAUAUUUAAAUUAACUUGA